AUGGCGACCUUGACUCAGACGUCGUUGCUCAAGGGUGUGGUCCUUGGUGCUCUCCUUAUCGCCAGCGCCAAUAGCGGUGUAUCGGCGGGCAAAGCCGGUACCAUGCAAGUCGUUGGCAAUUCGGGCGUGUCGGCUCAAAUGAUGUUCCUCGGCACAGAGCAAAAAGUCUACAUCCUUGACAAGACCGAAAACAACCCGGUCAGCGUCAACGGUCAUCCGGCGUGGGCUGUCGAGUACGACAUCAACUCGAACAGUUACCGCCCCAUGGAGGUGCGUUCCAACACGUUCUGUGCCGGCGGUAUGACGCUGGGCGACGGCAGUUGGCUCGUCACGGGCGGAAACAAGGCGGUUACCACGAAUGGCGCGACUGCUAAGGCAGGUGCUGGAUACGGCGCUUACAAUGGCGGUAAGGCACUGCGAUUCCUUAGCCCUUGCGACAACAUGCAAUGUCAGUGGAACGACCAAAACAGCAAUCAGCUCAACAUGGAGAGGUGGUAUCCUACCGUAGAGCCUCUAGCCGAUGGAUCCAAUAUCAUCCUUGGAGGCAUGCGCGACGGUGGCUUUGUUCCAAGCCAGGGCUCUAAUGUUCCUACUUACGAGUUCUACCCUCCUAAGAGUGGCGGAGCUAGUAUUAAUUUGCCAAUCCUGCAACGUACUGUACCCCUCUCACUCUACCCGAUCGCGUAUCUCAUGUCGUCCGGUGAGGUGUUUAUCCAAGCCGGAAGGGAGGCGAUCCUUUGGAAUUACGACCAGCAGAGCGAGCGCGCAUUUGCCAAGAUUCCAGGUGCUCCUCGUGUCUAUCCUGCCUCUGGUGGCUCGGCUAUGCUUCCUCUAACUCCGGCAGACGAUUACAAGGAGACCAUCCUCUUCUGCGGUGGUACGAGCUUGGGCAAGGUCUCGAACUGGGGUAACGAGGGUGGACCCUCGAUCCCCAUAUCUCAGGUUCCCGCAUCGACGUCGUGCGAGCAGAUCAGCCCAUUCCAGGGUGGAAACUGGGAAUCGGUCGACGAUUUGCCCGAGCGUCGUUCCAUGGGUCAAUUUAUCAACCUGCCCGACGGCACCCUGUGGUUCGGCAACGGUGUCACCACUGGCGUUGCUGGUUACAGCACCGACCCCAACUCUGUCGGCAAACCGGUGGGCGAGUCGUAUGGCGACAACCCGUCGUACCAGCCUCUCGUAUACGACCCCAAGGCAAGCCGAGGCAACCGAUGGAAGCGCGUCGGAAGCACCAACAUUGGUCGACUCUAUCAUUCGUCUGCUACGCUGCUUCCGGAUUCGUCUAUCCUCGUUGCUGGUUCCAACCCUAAUGCUGACGUCAACCACCAUGUCAAGUGGAAGACGGAAUACCGCAUUGAACGAUGGUACCCAGACUUCUACGAUCAGCCUCGGCCCUCGAACGACGGUCUCCCUAGCUCUUUCUCGUACGGCGGUCAAGGCUUUACCAUCAGGCUCAGUUCUGCAGCACAGGCGCAGAAGGCCAAGGUGGUCCUGAUUCGAACUGGAUUUUCCACGCAUGGCAUGAAUAUGGGUCAACGCAUGAUCGAGCUCAAGUCGACACAUCGGGGCAGCAAGCUCUACGUAGCGCAGCUUCCACCCAAUCCGAACCUGUUUGCUCCCGGUCCUGCGCUCGCGUUCGUUGUAGUCGAUGGCGUUCCGAGUCAAGGAAAGAUGGUCAUGGUGGGCAACGGAAAGAUCGGCGAGCAGCCUGUCGAUGCAGAGAGCGUGCUGCCCGGCUCGACCGCCCCGAUGAACGACAUGUUUCAAAGACGACAGAAUGCGUCCCAGACCGAACGCGAUGUGGCUUCCAGUCACAACCAAGUGCUCCACCGAAGCGGCUUGCAUGCCCGUCAUCAAAAGGGUGGCGUCGAUCGUUAUUGA